CGGAAAUGCGCUUCGCCGCACAAGUUGGCAGCCCACACCCCAACACCGCCUGCCUGCAUAAAAACACUGGCUGAGAUCAAACACAGGACAGCACAGGAGCGCCGCAGUUGAAGCUGAAACGUUUGAGAGGACUCAGUCAUAAUGCUGCUGACGAGAGCUUUUCUGCUGCUGGGUUUUGUCUCGGUGAUUCCCGUCGCCAGCAAAAAACGGAUCAUCUCGGUGCAGCAGAUCAGACCGAGGAGCAAAACGAUGCAGCUGGCCCUGGAUCCCUCUGUGAAAUCUUACCUCUCCCACACCUCUGCAUCAAACAUCGCCAACUUGUCUUUGUCGCCGUGGACGUACAUAGAUUCUUACAACUCCUCCCGUUUACCCCAGAAGAUCUUGCAGGCCAACUGCAGCACAUUUGGCUGUCUGAACCUCCAGGGUAGAGGAGAGGAUGCAACUCUGCAGGUCAAACCCAUCAAAUAUCAAGUCCUGGUUCUGUACAGAACCUUAAAGAAAAGAAACAACAACAAAAAAGGGAAGAAGCAGAAUAAGUACAUCUUCAUGCUGGGGACUGAGGAGAUCACAGUUGGCUGUACCUGUGUGAGACCCACUGUGAUACCACAAGAGUAACAACAAGACAUCCAACAAAAGUUCUGGUUACACAUAUCAUUCAUGUCAAUGUCUAUGCAUUUAAAAAGUUGUACAGUUGACAAUAGAUAUUUUUAUAUGCUGCAAGAAAAAAAGACCAUUUAGUCAAUUAGACUAAACUCUUCUAUUUUGUAGUUAGUUUGAGCUACGUAGAUUUUUUUUCUAUUCGCUAAAUGCCACAAGAACAUGAUUUUAUUUUGGGAUUCACACACUUUAUGUGCAAAUAUAAUUAUUUGAACAGAAAUUGUACUGAAGGAUGAACCGGACUGAUGGAUUUUCACAGCUGUUUUUUGAGAGGUAUUGAUCGAUUUCUUUACACAUGUCCAUGAUGUCACACAGGGAAGCAGUGUGUUGAACAUGUUGCCUUAAAAUACCUGGGUUUUAAGUGAACCUUUUGAAGGCUUUGUAAAAUCAUUUAAAGACAUUGCAGUCUUAAUGACUGUAAAUCAAAGACUUCAAAGAAAGUAAAACAAAAAAAAAUCCCCAAAAAGCUCAUUUUCAUUCUUCUGGCAUGAUCCUAGCAACUCUAAAUCAAAAAGUCAUUUUUUUUCUUUCAUUUUUAACUUUUCCAAUUACAAGUCAGUUUACAUAAGAUUUAAUAUCAAACAAUCUGGUUUCAACUGCAUAGUUGACUAUAGAUGUAGAAAGUACUUUUAAUAACUGUGACUUGUUACUUGUCUACAUAACUGGUGUCCUUAAUAUCUUGUCAGGUACUCCUUACUGCAUAACACUUUCCGCUGAGAGAACUGAUUCAUUUAUUUAUUGUAUUUUAAGCAAAUCACCUUUAUUCAAUACAUUUGCCAGUGUAUUUAUGGUGUAUAAAAGCAGCCAAAAAAAUGUGUUUUUAAAACCUAACUGCUAGCUACUUUCAUUGUGUUGCUUAUCCUGCCAUGUAUGUCGAUUAAUCUAUAAUUUUGUCAACAUUAAGAAAUGAAGCAAAAAUUGUAGAAGUUCUUUCCCAUCUGUGCCACUUAUGAUGCUCUCCUGUUUUCAUUGGAACAAAGGGUUUAAAAUUUACAGGGUACUACUCUGUCAAAGCAGAUACACUGUUUCUUUUGCCAUGAGAUUUCUGUCAAUAGUUUUCUUUUUCAAUUUUUAACAAACACCUAAUCUGAAUUUAACAUCUCUAUGCACAGUCUGAGGGCCCCCACAUGGUCAGAACUAUUAUUAGCUGAAUUAUUUUAGCUAAUAACCUAAUACCAGCUCCCUGCUGUUGGAGCCAGUUAAAACAUUUGGCAUGCUGAUGUGAGGGAAUCUUCUUUAGUGCAGAUAAAGCCUCUGCACAGUUUUGCAAGAGAUUAGGUCAAUUUUUAAUGACUUGAGAAUAACAUAAAUACAAUGUGUAAACUCCUUUGUACUGCCAAAUAUCACAAUACAGUGUCUGACGUAUGUGAUGCUCGUGCCGCAAGUUUCCAAUAUGUCGAAAAAAUCUUUAGCAGCUUUGCUUCGCAGGAGAUUAAUUAUGUGUUCCACAGUAUUAGAUCUGCAGAAGGGAAAUGCCAGAUUGCUAUACUUUUACAGCCAUGCAUCUUUGUACAUCAUUGAGAAGCAAAUUGUAAACAAAAUGAGUUUUAAGUGAUUAUUUAAAUCUGUUCAUGUAGGGUUUUAUGAAGAAGUUUCAUAUAUCAGGUUUGGAAUUGAUAGUAGUUUACAUAGAUGUCCUCCUCACAACAAACGUGGUUGCACUGAAAAAGAUCUGCUUUUUGAAGAUUCUACAUUUUAUCACCUUUUGUUUCUUUUAUUACUUUAUUUUUCUCUGACUGGAUAUGUUUACAUGUUUUCAAGUUCACAUUUCCCAAGCCCAGUUGUUGUGAAUGUGGAAUAUUGUGGAACAUGAUACAACUUUUUUAAGGAAGAUUUUUUUGGUCUUUUUUUGUUUAGUUGAUGUUUUACCUUUGGUUAACACCCUUCAAAUCAGCUUGUACAGAACUUGACUAAUUUUCAACAGCCAAAGCCAGAUUUUAUAGCCACUAUGAUAUUAUGGCAAUAUUUGAUGUUUAGAGUACAGUGUGUCACAAACUCACUGCAAAGCAUACAUAUAAAAUAAUACAUUUUAUGUUCCCUGAUGGCGCGCAAUAAAUGACCAAUAAAAAAAAUAAAGCAAGUGGUUACCUUUGUCCUUAUGCCUAAUCAUAGGAAUAUGUUUUUAUUGCUGUAUGUUCCGUAUUGUACUUUGUUGAGAUGGUAUGACUUUGUGCUCUUCUGCCAAAUUGUAGUAUAAAUAUGGUUAUUUUA